UUUAGACUCUCUCUUUCUCUCUUUUUUUAUUUUGGAUGUUGUUCAGUUAUUCAAUGUUUUGAUCGUAAAAAUUCAAGUAACAAGAUAAAUUAACUGUCCAUUUACGGAUUACACCAAAUUGUGUGACUUUUGUGAUUAUUGGAGAGGGAAAGGCUAUCAAGAAUAUAUUGGGAAAAGGGAGAAAGUAAUGAAAAAUAACUAUAUUUGAAAAGAGAACGCAACCAAAACAACAUAAAUUGCUCCUGUGGAGGAGAUAAAGAGGAUGACCACCACAUCAACUCUUGUUGAAACGGUUUCGAUUGAUUAUGAAGAUUUCACUGAAGGUUUCCUCACCUGUGGUACCUGUUUAAAUACUUAUGACGCUGGUCAACACGCACCUAAACUGUUAACAUGUAGCCAUACUUUGUGUAAAAUGUGCUUGGAAUCUAUCUGUAGUCAACCCGGAGUACCAGAGAUUGGCUCAUUUAGGUGUCCAAUCUGUCGUGAACUAAUCCAUCUGCCCAGAGAAGGUGUUAUAAAUUUUCCUCCCUCAUUUCUGGUUAACCAGUUACUCGAUCUGGUUAAUCGUCAAAGGAGAGAGGUUAUACCAAAGUGUUCCAGCCAUGUGACCCAAGAGCUUCUCUUUUGUGAAACUUGUGACAUUGUUUUCUGUCUACUUUGUAAUAAUGGAUCUCAUUCAACAAUCAACUGUAAACAUACUGUAAUACCCUUUGCAGUUGCAAUUAAACGUAUGUCCGAAAUAUUGAUGUACAAAGCACACCAAUGCAUUGCCAAAUAUAAUGAAGCCCAUGAAAACGUAACAACUGAGAUCCACAAGCUUGAUCAAAAUGCUGAACAAGCAUUUGAGGAUAUAAACCGUACAUUUCAAGAGAUUAUUAAUUUGGUUGAAAGGAGACGUCAAGAUGUUCUUUCAAUUGCGAAAAAAAUGAAACAAGACAAAGUUAACAUCUUAGAAAAUCAAUUGAGAUUGAUUGAAGGAGAAAAGGCUAAAAUUGAAGCUGAAUGUGAUGAUUAUUCGCAUCAAGUGGACUUGCGAAAUAUUACUAAAAAAAUUGAAGAGCUUAAUGAAAAAAUUGACUCCAUCAAUGGUUUACUGGAACCUAGAGAGAAUUGUUUUAUUCGUUAUGAACAUCUUCACAAUUCAGCUGUAAAUUCAAUUCAAACUGCAGUCAACUCUUUUGGUACUGUUCGAUCAAGUAAAACAUUCCCGCCUCUCUGUGAAGCCAACAUAGGUAAAUGUGUUGCCAAGCUUCGUACUUCUGCCAAUAUAAUUACUUACGAUUAUGCUGGUUCAAGGCAAAGGUUUGGAGGAGAUCCGGUUACAGCAGAGCUUCGUUGUCUUACCGAUGAAUCAAAUGUUCCAGUUAAAAUAGUGGACAAAAACGAUGGUACUUAUGAAGCUCAGUUUAUAGCACCUAAAGGAGGAAAAUAUUGCCUUCUUGUGUCAAUUUUUGGCCGUCCAAUCAAAACUUAUCCUCUUGAAUUUGAGGCAACUCUUCAAAUAAAUCCAAUCUGUAUCUAUGGAUCCAGAGGCAAUGAGCAGCACGCUUUCCUUCAACCAGUGGCAAUUGCCAUUAGUGAGACAAAUGAUCAAAUUUAUGUUUUAGAUACAGGAAACUGUCGAGUCAAAAUACUGUCCCAAAAUGAUUGUAAUAAUUCACCCUUUACCUGUGUUUCCCACAUUGAUGGCCUGGAUCGUUCGGUUACCGGUAUGGCCCUGGUUCCCGAAUCGGGUACAAUUCUAGUCAGUAAUUGGUCUACCCGUACAAUAAGUGAACUCACUGAUACUGGUAAAGUUUUACGGUACUUUAGUCAUCGUGAUCUUCGUGAGCCAACCCAUUUAUGUGUCAAUAGUCAGCGUGAAAUUAUUGUCGCUGACAAUGGUGCCCAAGCAGUUUUCAUUUUUCAUCCGUGUGGUAAAGUCAAUCGAAGAUUAGUGAACAGUGCAAAUGGAACCAGCAAAGCUGGUGGAAUGUCUAAUGUUGCAAGUGGAAUAGGAAACAGUAAAGGUUUCGGUGUUAUUGGAGCUAUUACCAUGGGACCUGACGAUGAGAUUAUUGUUGCCGAGUCAAGGAUUAAAAUUUACUCAAAAGAUGGAUCAACUUUAUUACGAGAGAUUGCCUCCGAUUCUUGGGGUAAAGGUGAUACUUACGGUGGACUGUGUUAUGAUAAAAAGGGUCACCUUUUAGCAACCAAAUCGGAACGAGGCAAAGUUUAUGUGCAAGUGUAUGAUUAUUAUUCUGGUCAUUUGAAGUUAACAAUUGACAGUAUGGAUGCUAAACUAAAAAGAGCCAGUGGAUUAGCAACAACUAAUGAUUAUCAUGUGAUUGUAGUCGAUCUCGGUAAUGAUUGCAUAAAAAAAUAUCGAUACCAUUAAUAUGUAAAUGAUGGCUCAUGAAUCGAGCAAGAUUGACAGAUAAAGAAACACAACAGACUUCAUUCAAAUAGCACAAUUGCUUAAUCCUGUCAUCAAUGCCACCGGUAUUAAUAUGUUUCUUUACUCUCAUUACCAUUACCAUUCGCACAUCCACCAUCAUCCAAACGACUUAUUACUUAUUAUCGCCUCUUUUUUUGCAUUUUUUCAUUGUCAUCAUUUUCAACACCAAAUUAUUAGGAAUCUUUCGCAAAUUCCCAUAAACAUCUAAAACAAAAAUAAAAUAUUAACAUAAACGCAUUAAAUUCUAAUGAAUUGAUUAAAUUAAAUAUAAAUAAAAAAAGAAAAUAUUGAAUAUCAAAA